UAAAGUUAAAUAAAAAAUCAGAUAAAUUUCAUUUCAAGUCUUCAAAUAGUCCUGUUCUGUUCUCCUUCUCCUUCUAGUACUUGUUAUUCUAAGCUCUGUUGUUAUUAUGAGAAGAACAAAAACAAGACCCAAAAGUUCUACUUUCUCACACAAGCUGGUUCUGUGUUUGGGUUAUUUUUUAUUUUAGUUUUGAUGGAUGAAAUGCAAAGUCAAUCUAAUUGUAUUGAAGAAGAAAAGUCUGUGAUUUUGGUCUGGGUAUCUUAAAAAUUGCAGCUUUGUUGAAUUUACUCAGACCGUCAGAGAUUGUUCGCUGAAGUUUGAUUCAGUGUCUAGUAAUUGGUUCAAGAAGAUUACUCAUAAGAUCUGAGAAAGCCACUUGGUUGUGUAAGUAACUUCAUACUGUUUAUGUUUCAGAUUCUCUUGAUUCUUGGUUUUUCCCCAAUUUUGUUGUUAACUUAAUCUUAGAACUUGAACUGAUUAUGACCCAAAUUUAUUGAUCAAAGAAAAGUAUGAUUUUGAAUAAGCUCGUGAGCUGACCCUUCCAAGUGGAAUUGGAAAUUUGAAAAGUGAUUAGAGUGGUGGAUCUUAAAAUUUGAAAAGUGGGGUUUUGAUUUUAGAAAGAAGCAUUUUUGGCAUAGGGGUGGAUUGUUGAGCUUGGGUUUUAAAGAGAAGAAUUUCUGUAAUUAUGGGGGUAUCUUUUUCCUUCAUUGAUUAGCUUGCUUCAUUGUUAAGGGUUUAAUGAAUGAACUUGUUGACAUAAGUGAUGAAAAAAGCAGUACUCAUUACAAUGUUAAAAAGACUAGUAGUAAUUUGGUUGUUGGUGUUUCAUCAAUUUGUAUCGGUUUCUGCCGCUGACAAUGGAUUUUCUAAUUGUAAUUGCGACGAAGAAGAAGGUUACUGGUGGAGUAUAGAGACCAUUUUACAGUGCCAGAAAGUUAGUGACUUUCUAAUUGCCACGGCUUAUUUUUCGAUACCUAUUGAACUUCUUUACUUCCUUAGUUGCGCCAAUGUUCCAUUCAAAUGGGUUCUGUUUCAGUUCAUUGCAUUUAUAGUUCUCUGUGGAAUGACACAUCUACUCAAUGCGUGGACUUACAGUGUGCAUCCAUUUCAGUUAAUGCUUGCAUUAACUGUGUUUAAAUUUCUCACGGCUCUUGUUUCAUGUGCAACUGCGAUUACUCUGGUAACUCUCAUACCUCUCCUUCUCAAAGUUAAAGUUAGAGAAGUUUUUCUGAAGAAAAAGGCGUGGGAGCUGGAUAGGGAAGUUGGGAUGAUGAAGAAACAAAAAGAAGCAGGUUGGCAUGUUCGGAUGCUGACCCAUGAGAUACGUAAGUCUCUUAAUAGGCAUACUAUAUUAUAUACAACUCUGAUUGAACUGUCGAAGACGUUAGACCUGAAAAACUGCGCUGUUUGGAUGCCUAAUGAAGGCAACACGGAAUUGAAUCUCACACAUGAACUAAAUGUGAAGAAAUCAUCCAAACCUUACAGUCAUUCAAUUCCAAUUUCGGAUCCAGAUGUAAUAGAGAUUGAGGGGAGUGAAGGAGCCAAGAUUCUUAGACCAGAUUCUGCAUUAGGAUUAGCUAGUUGCAGUGGGUCUGAUGAAGUAGGUGCUGUAGCUGCUAUUAGAAUGCAAAUGCUGAGAGUUUCGGAUUUCAAAGGUGGAACACCGGAGUUGAUCCAAGCUUGUUACGCUAUUCUCGUUUUAGUUCUUCCUGGUGAAAGUUCUAGAGUUUGGAGCAUUCAUGAAUUGGAAAUAGUUGAAGUGGUUGCUGAUCAGGUUGCUGUGGCACUAUCCCAUGCUGCAGUGCUCGAAGAAUCUCAGUUGAUGCGGGAGAAACUUGUGGAGCAGAAUCGGGCACUUCUACAAGCUAGAAAGGAUGCUAUGAUGGCAAGUCAAGCGAGAAUCUCAUUUCAGAAGGUGAUGAGUAAAGGAAUGAGAAGGCCGAUGCAUUCGAUUUCAGGCUUGCUUUCGAUGAUCCAACAAGGGAAUGUAGGAGAUGGGCGACGGAUUGUUAUUGAUACAAUGGCAAAAACAAGUAGUGUGCUCUCAACACUGAUAAAUGAUGUAAUGGAAAUUUCUGCAACGGGUAAUGGAAGAUUUGCGUUAGAGCUAAGAAAAUUUCGGCUUCAUUCCAUGGUAAAGGAAGCAGCUUGCUUAGCCAAAUGCUUCUGUGUUUCUCAUGAUUUUGACUUCUCUCUUGAUAUCGAAAAUUCACUGCCUGAUUAUGUGUUGGGUGAUGAAAAGAGGAUUUUUCAGGUUUUGCUACAUAUGAUUGGUAAUCUUUUGAAUGGUUGGGAUUCAGGAGGACACGUAAGUUUCCAGGUUUCCUCAGCAAAUGCAAAUCAUAUUAGGAAUGACCAAAGAUGGACACCCAACUCGUAUGGGGGAUAUUCUAGUGUCAAAUUUGAGAUUUCCAUAAACAGCAGUAAUUCUCAGGACAACUCGAUGAUGCCAGUACCAAUUUCUAACAGGAAACACAACAGUGACGGAAUUGAGAGUAUACUUGGCUUCAGUGUCUGUCAAAAGCUCGUACAGAUGAUGCAAGGGAACAUCAGAGUUGUUCCGAACUCCCGCGGCAUUCCUCAAAUCAUGACCCUGAUACUUAGAUUUCAUCUUCAACCAUCAUUUGGAGGAGCUUCUGUGUUCGAACCAGAAGCAUCAGUGGAUCACCCGCCUUCAAAUUCUCUUUUCAGAGGGCUUCAAGUUAUAUUAGCUGAUGACGAUGCAGUCAACAGACUUGUUACACGUAAACUGCUUGAAAAACUUGGUUGCAAUGUUUCUGCUGUUGCAUCUGGAUUUGAAUGCUUAAAUACUCUUGGUUCGACAGGAAACUUUUUUCAUAUAGUUCUAUUAGAUCUUCACAUGCCAGAAAUGGAUGGGUUUGAAGUUGCAGUGAGAAUACGAAAGUAUCGCAGCGGGAAUAAGCCAUUUAUCAUAGCUUUGACUGCGAGUGCUGACGAAAAUGUAGGCGAGAAAUGCUUGCAAGUGGGAAUGAAUGGUGUAAUUAGGAAACCAGUUCUAUUAAAGGGGUUGGCUGACGAAUUUCGUAGGGUCUUAAAACUUUCAAUCUAAUGUGUUUGUCGAAAUGAAGUCUGUAGAAGUAACAUUGUAUACUAAAUUGAGUAGCUUACCAUGUUUAUUCUUUCAAAGAGUUUUAGAGCUUUUCAAUUGAUCCAUGUACUGUAAUUAUGCCAAUUUUAGAACUUUUUUUAAUUAUUGGAAUAAUAAUAUACUUCUU